AUGACUAUGGAUGGAAAGAACAAAGAAGAGGAGCAAUAUCUUGAUCUAUGCAAAAGAAUUAUCAAUGAAGGUGAAUUUAGACCAGACAGAACAGGCACUGGUACGUUAAGUCUCUUCGCACCACCCCAGCUGCGUUUUAGUUUACAUGAUGAUACUUUCCCGCUACUAACGACAAAGAAGGUCUUUACCAGGGGUAUCAUACUUGAAUUAUUAUGGUUUUUGGCCGGUGAUACAGAUGCUAACCUUUUGUCUAAGCAAGGUGUUAAGAUUUGGGACGGUAAUGGAUCCCGUGAAUAUCUAGAUAAGAUGGGGUUCACAGAUAGGAAAGUGGGGGAUUUGGGGCCCGUUUAUGGAUUCCAAUGGAGGCAUUUCGGCGCUAAAUACAAGACGUGUGAUGACGACUAUGCUGGACAGGGUAUUGAUCAAUUGAAGCAGGUCAUUCAUAAACUAAAGACAAAUCCUUAUGAUAGAAGAAUUAUUAUGAGUGCUUGGAAUCCAGCUGAUUUUGACAAGAUGGCUUUGCCACCAUGCCACAUUUUCUCACAAUUUUAUGUCAGUUUCCCCAAAGAAGGAGACGGAUCUGGUAAGCCCCGCCUUUCAUGUUUGUUAUACCAACGUUCUUGUGACAUGGGCUUGGGAGUACCAUUUAAUAUUGCAUCAUAUGCUCUGUUGACUAGAAUGAUUGCUAAAGUUGUCGACAUGGAGCCAGGUGAGUUUAUUCAUACUCUGGGGGAUGCACAUGUUUAUAAGGACCACAUUGAAGCCUUGAAAGAACAAAUCACCAGAGAUCCAAGACCAUUCCCGAAACUGAAGAUUAGAAGGGACAUAAAAGACAUUGAUGAUUUCAAGUUGGAAGACUUCGAAAUUGAAGAUUAUAAUCCUCACCCAAGAAUUCAAAUGAAAAUGAGCGUAUAA